AUGAAGCUUUUAUAUUGUAAUAUUCUUAUUCUAUUGUUUGUGCAGUACGAGCAUAUUCACGCUCAAUUUGUACUUCCACCAACUAAUUUAAAUGAAUAUGAUGCAUACGGAUCAUUGUUAGCUAUCAAUGAAUAUUUAGCUAUAAUAGCUCAAAACGAUCAAGAACAAUUCACGAUUAUUACAUAUCCAUUUACCAAUCGAUCAGAAAAAUGUACUUUACCUUAUGAUACUAUACAACGAAAUAUUUCAUCUUUAACACGUUUUGUUUAUAAUGUAGCUAUUGGAAUAAAACAAAAUGCUAGUCAAUUAUUAUUUUCUUACAUUGAUGAAAAUUGGCAAAGAGAUGUUUUCUUAACAACUGUUUUCCUCGAAUCUACACAUACUGGUUGUGUUCAAGCUGUUAAUCGAAUAGCAAUUAAUAUGAUUGAUCUUAAAAUGCAAGAACAUGCUCUUAGUGGCAUGGAUCCAUAUGGAAAACGAGCUUAUGCAGUAGGUACAUAUUACAUUGUAUGCUUUGAAAUUGAAACUGGUAUUACAUGGCAACUGGAUACUGCAUUAGUUAUUACUGAAGAUCAUUUUAUAUUCGCCGUGGGACAUAAAUUUAUUAAUUUACAAUUUUUACCAUAUUUAUUUGUACUCGAUGUUUUAUCCCGAAAUAAUGUUACCUUUUCUUUCACUAUUGAGUUAUCGAAAUUUAAUUUUGGUCCUUCCGCAAUCGAUAUUACGCGUGAUUCAACCAUGUCUAUAUCUCUUCUCGAUGAAAUGAAAUGGUUUAUUAUCGGUAUUCCUAACUUGGAUAUGCUUCUCAUUUUAUUUUGGGAUCGCUCUAAAUCUGGUCUAACAAAAGAAGCAUUAGGUGAUGUUUUACUUCAAAAUUCGUUUCAAAUAUGGGAUUCAAAACAACUUAUUAAAAAAGGCAAAGAACGACAUGUAUUUCUAUUUGAAACAAGUAUUGUGAUUGCAAAAAUUGUUAAACCAGUUACUCGUGGAGCUGUUCGAUAUAUUUAUAAAUAUAAAUUAAUGACGGCAGAAAUUUUUGAUGUGAAAGAACAUUUAGAAGCAGGUGAACCAUGUAAAUUUGCAUUAUAUACAGGUCGUCCAAUGUCAUCUCAUGCAGCUGAUUUACGAGUGACACUUAAAGCAAAUGAUCUUAAUACAAAACAACAAUGGGUUAUUCGUAUACGAGAACUUAUUCAAGAGAAUGAUCUUUAUCAUGAUUUAACAAUGCAUGAAACAAAUACAAAACAACCAACACCAUCAUCAUCAGCAGCAAUACAAAAUAAAAUUUCAAAUCUUAGUAAUAUUAAUCCAUCAGAUAGAAGAUCACAGGAGAUUGCUGAUAAUGCAUCUGAUGAAUAUGAACAUAUAAGUCGAGGUGGUUCAUUAUCAAGCAUGACAACAGGUUCAUUUUCAAGCACUGGCCAACAUCAUCAAAUUCAACAGGUAAGAAAAAAAGAAUUAAUAUAA